AUGCAAGGUGGGUGGACCAUGGCUGGGCGGCAUCAUGGCUGGGCGGCAUCAUGGCUGGGCGGCAUCAUGGCUGGGCGGCAUCAUGACUGGGCGGCAUCAUGGCUGGGCGGCAUCAUGGCUGGGCGGCAUCAUGGCUGGGCGGCAUCAUGGCUGGGCGGCAUCAUGGCUGGGCGGCAUCAUGGCUGGGCGGCAUCAUGGCUGGGAUUGAGCUUAAGGUCGUGCUUUGAUUUGGAUGGUUUUCUGUCCCUCCCAUUCCCUUACCCCUCCCAUCCCCGUUUUCCUCCCAUCCCCUUAUCCCUCCAUUCCCCUGCCCCUCCCAUUUCCUUACCCCUCCCAUUCCCUUGCCGCUCCCAUCCCCUUGUCCCUCCCAUCCCCUUAUCCGUCCCAUCCCCUUGCCUCUAUCAUCCCCUUAUCCGUCCCAUCCCCUUGCCCCUCCGAUCCCCUUGCCCCUCCUGUCCCUUUACCUGUCCCACGCGCGGGCCAUGGCAGGUGUGGAUGGUGGGCGGGGUGCACCGGGUGGGCAUCUACGUGCUGCGCGACCUCAGGGCGGGCGACGAGGUGCUCUACGACUACUGCCUCGGCGGCGACGGCGGCAGCAGCAGCAGCGGGCGGCGGCUGCCGGAGUUUGAAGUCAAGGAGCCACCAAAGGAUGAGACGGGGUGCCGUCAAACAAGGAAAGGUGCGCUCAAGUAG